AUUUCUGAUCCAGAGCUAUCAUCCCCUAUCAUCCCCUUCACAUAACAUUUACUUCUCCAUAGGUGAUCUAACUGAUGAAUUCCCGGGCUAAGAGCAAAAGAUUUCCCGACUAGAAAACCUAAGUUGCACGCACAGUUUGAAAUGACUUGGGGAAGUAGAAUAGCAGGUAUCAUUAAUUCUGAAAUGGGGACAAGGAAUUUGAUGGCGUUGGUGAAGCAGAGGAGCUUGCUGCCUCCCCCGGUGCACAUUCUUCCAUGUUGCCAUCGUUUCAUGUCCUCAGGGGACGCCAUUCAAUCUGAGUCUCGACCUCAGAUUUUGCAGAAGCAGAAGAUAGCAAAGAAAGAAUCGAUUGGAGACGCCAAGAUACGCAUAUUGGUGAAGUCAUUUUCCCAAAAAUAUCUGAACCAUCCGUGCUUCCAGAGUUACCGCAAGGUCGGACUGCCUCGAAGAAGAGUGCUUUAUACGGUGCUUCGAUCCCCUCAUAUCGAUAAGAAGUCCAGAGAACAGUUUGAAACGCGGGUACACAAGCAACUGCUCGAAAAAGAUGUAGAUGUCAAUGAAAUGGCGAAAAUGUUCUUCUGGUUUAAGCGCAUGCAUUUUUUUGGAGCUCAAUAUGAAUUCAUCUUUAAUUACAAAACCCGACUCGAUAUGACUAGAGUGCAUGCUUCAAGCAAUGUCCUUCAAGGGGAUACGAGUGCUAAAAAGGAUUGAUGUCAUGAUAAGAACCUUUUGAUAAGUACCAUUGUUUUUUUCGAAAUGGAGUUUAUUUUGGGCACAAAUGAAAAUUUCUUUGUUUCAGCAUGUGAUGAGUUUUUCAUAAACCAUUUCAUUAAAUUUUUUGAAAUGCUUUGUAGCUAAAAUACCUUGGAGCAGAUGUGUCUGAAAUAUUGGGAUGAUCUUAUGUGUCUUAUUAAAGACGUUGCAAUUGUAACUAUGGCAGGUUAUUUGAUCUGCUAACUUUUAAAAGAGCCUGAGAUCAGACAGCUUAGGUACUGUUGAACUUGUAAUGAUUCUUGAGGAAGUGCUUACUUUCGAAAACCCUGAAAAGGGAACUGAUAAAAUUAAGGCCUUAAGAUUUCUUUUAAAAUAGCCUGAGAUUAGACAGCUUAGGUGCUGUUGAACUUGUAAUGGUUCUUGAGGAAGUGUUUACUUUUGAAAACCCUGAAAAGGGAACUGAUGAUCAGAUUUGUUAUCAAUCAUAUUUCUUCACAUCCA